GAACUUUUGCGCUCUUUCUCUCAGUUCUGGUGGUAAUGAGGUGGAAACAUCUGGAAAGCGAACAAGACAACAACAUCUGAUAUAAAAUGAGUGCACUCUGUAUUCGGUCAAUCCAACUAGCAGUAAUUGUACUGCUUUUCUCAGCUGCCCUCGAGGCAAUCAAGACGACUCAACGGCCAAAAUACCAGUACACAAAGAAGCCUCCCCGAGAGUUGGUCCAGACUACCACAUAUGCUGGCAAACCAACAGUCACGGCAAGAAUUGUGGACUACACCAAGCCAAAAGAGCGCAUUCCUGUUGUUAUCACACAAAGUACCACUAUCCCUGCCGACGUUUAUGUGGACUACCACACCGACACUACAAUGUCACCUAAUGGUGUACAGGACAACUACACUCUGGACUAUAAUGAAUGCUACUUCAACUUCUGUGAGUGCUGCCCUCCAGAACGAGGCCCUCAAGGAUUAAAAGGGGACAUGGGGCUUCAAGGACCUCCUGGUCAAAAAGGGGAACCAGGACCCAAAGGUCCUCCAGGCCCUUUCGGUCCAGCUGGAACUCCAGGAUUCAAGGGAGACAAAGGAGAAAAAGGUGAGAAAGGAAGCAGUGGAUCUGUAGGCUCUCCAGGCAUUACAGGGAAGGCUGGAAUGAAAGGUGAUACUGGCACCAAAGGUGAGAAAGGGGCAAGUGGUCUGCCAGGACUCAAAGGUGCCAAAGGUGAAAAAGGAGAACCUAGUGAGAAUACAACUAAAGGUGACAAGGGUGUGCCAGGUAAAGACGGACCGCCAGGACCCCCAGGCUUCACUGGAGAAAAGGGUGAGAAAGGUGAAAGGGGAGAAUGUGGCCUGCUGGGAGACAGGGGACAGAAAGGAGAGCCAGGCGAUGUCGGGCCCCCAGGAGUCCGGGGUGAUCCCGGACCUUCGGGGCAACAUGGAAUGCAUGGGAAUCCUGGGAUACCCGGAGAACGUGGUGAACCUGGGAGCCCAGGAACCAAAGGGGAACCAGGAGCGAGAGGCCCUCAAGGAUUAAAAGGUAUGAGAGGUAUAAGAGGAAUGAAGGGGGAGAAGGGUCCUAAAGGAAAGCAAGGUGAUCGUGGACUUCGAGGAUUAAAAGGUACAGCAGGUGAUACUGUUGGGCGACUGCGCUCCGCCUUCAGCGUGGGCCUCUACCCCAGCAAGUCCUUCCCAGCGUCAGGCUUUCCGGUCCGCUUCGACAAAAUAUUCUAUAAUGGAGAAAACCAUUACGACGUUGCCUCCAGCAAGUUCAACUGUACCUACCCGGGUGUUUAUGUGUUCUCUUACCAGUUAACGGUGAGGAACAAGCCCUUGCGCGCUGCAUUGGUGGUAAACGGGGUGCGUAAACUGCGCUCACGAGACACCCUUUAUGGCCAGGACAUUGACCAGGCCUCCAGCCUGGUGCUUCUGAAGCUCGCUGCUGGGGAUCAAGUGUGGGUGGAGACCCUUAGGGAUUGGAACGGUGCCUACUCAAGCAGCGAGGAUGACAGCACCUUUUCGGGGUUCUUGCUCUAUCCUGACUGA